AUGAGAAAGCAGAGAGGGAGCUGCGCAGCCCCAACCCUGGCGCCCCGGCUGGAUAAACCCAGCCACAAACCGAUCACAGCCCGAUCCGCGUACCCGCAGAAGGUUGGACAGACAGGGGCAGGGAUCUGGGACAAAAGUGGAGGCUCAAAUUCUUGCCCCGGUCUCCAAGACCCACUUUCUGGGGCGGUGGGAACAGAACCCCAGGUUCUGGGCAAGUGGAGCGGGCUGGAAGCUUGGUGUGUUGCCAACACAGUUCUGGAAGGGAGUGGGACUGGCGCUUUCCGCGGAUACGCGCGGGCGACCUCCACCGGGCUGGAACUUGAAAGGUGUUCUCCUGCUUCCCAAAUCGUGGGGAAGGAACGAGUCAGCAUGAUGACAAAUACAAAUGAAGAGUUGGCUGAGGCAUUUGCAUCUAGGGGGAGCCUGUUCGAGAGGAAUCGGCUUUACAACGCAGUAUAUUCUAAGAACGGUCUGGAACAUAAAGCAGUGCCAUCAGAUCAUUUGACAUACACUCCCGAAGAACUCUGGCAGGAGCUGGUCUCAGAGCAUGAAGGACUGGAGGAGUUAAUACACAGCUUCAGGUCCCUCCUGAGUAACGAGCGUGGCUGUGAGGUUUUACAUCUGCUCACAGCCCAACAGUGUGAGCUACUCUCUAAAAACCUGCGGAAGAACAGAGAAUUGUUUGUCCAUGGCUUGCCCGGCUCAGGGAAGACAACCAUGGCCAUAAUGAUCAUGGAGAAGAUCAGGAAUGUGUUUCACUGUGAGACAGAUGAAAUUCUCUAUGUCUGUGAGAAUGAACCUCUCAGGAACGGUAUCAGUAACAAAAACAUCUGCAAGGCAGUAACCUUGAAAACUUUCAUGGAAAAUGGCUUUGAAUAUAUCCAACACAUCAUCAUCGAUGGAGCUCAGAAUUUCAGCACUGAAUUUGGGAAAUGGUAUGAGAAGGCAAAAACCAUCACUCAGAGAGCACAGCCUUGCCCAGGAGUUUUCUGGAUCUUUCUGGACUACUUCCAGGGCAUCUCCAUCUUUAAUGAGACUGGCCUCCCCCCUUUCUCAGUCCAAUAUCCAAGAGCAAAGCUUACCAGAAUGUUCCGCUAUGCAGAACCAAUAGCCAACUUCUUACAACGAGAAAUGCAAAUAAUUAGAAGUAAUCCUCCACGUAACGUCCCCCCUGAAUCCCUGGAGAUGAUUCUUGAAGCUGAGUGGGCUUGGGGUAGUCAGGGAUUCUUAAAAAUCGAGACAGACUUGACUUUGCAGGAAAUAGUGACCUAUGUGGCAGACACCUGUAAGUCCCUCUUUGAUAAGCGCUGUUGUUCUGAACAGGAUGUUGCUGUGCUUGUCAGCACCACAUUUGAAGUGGAGUGUUACAGGUAUGAGCUCCUGAGAGCAAUGAGGAGGAAAAGGAUUUUGCAGCUUAGUAAUGCAUGUGACAUAUCGGGCAAUUUCAUUGUUUUUGACAGUAUGCAGCAAUUCUCAGGGCUGGAAAGGAGCGUGGUUUUUGUGAUCCUUUGGAAAACUUCUAAUAUCUUACGCAAUACUCUGCUCUGUCUGGCUUCCAGGGCAAAAGAACGACUAUAUAUUCUGUGGUGUCGUGACCGUUAGGAAGAACUCCUAACCAAAAUGAGAUGAGGCAGUUGCCUUGUGGACAUCUGCUAUUGAAAGUCUAUUUGGUAUUGAAACCUCUUUUUAAUUCAUAAAUUAGCACAGAUUGGAACGGUUAGGAUGUAGCGAUAUUUGUAGAAUAUACAAGCGAAGUAUAAGGAGGAGAACAAGGACAACAAGAAACCAUAUAUACUACUGUAUAUUAUUGAAGUUUACGAUUUGGGGGCUUUUGUCAAGUAAAUAGAAGUCUGAUAUAGGUGAUGGGCUGGCUGGUACAGGCCAGUGGAUUUUCAGUGAGUUCAAGAUGGUGGAAGUAGGUUCCCCUGGAGGAUCAGUGGGUUUGAGUUGGAAGAGAUGAAACCAGGAUCGGAUUUUUAGAAGCUUAGUUGUAGUGAGAGUAGUGCGAAUUAUUUGCAAAGGACUUUUUGCAGACGUUAGCGGGGCCACGUUUGUCUUGGGAGAUCUUUAAGUAAAGCCCACACUCCAGGUUUUAAAUGUUGAGUUCUCUUUAAAUUAAGGGGGUUGAGGAAAGUGGGCAUAUGUAUAUUUUCAACGAGUUUGUCAAGUGAUUUCAACCAUUGGCAAGGAAGUUUUAGGUGAGGGUGGGGAAAUUGAGGUCAAAGGGAUAGGGGAGUUUAAAAGGGCUAAGAAAUAAAGGCACUUCAGGAUAGAAGUAGAAUCUGUAAAGAUCUACAAAGAGCAUAGGGAAGGUUGUUUAUCCAGUAUUGUCAUCGUUUUAAGGAAAGCUUUAUAAGUUGUCGCUUAAAAGUUGAGUGAAUCUCAGGUUAGGACGUUUGACGAAAGUACCUUUAGUCGUGAGAAGUCCCCGCUCUUUUCAAAUUGCUACUUAGGACUGUAGGAUAUGACAGGUAGACUUAAAGUUCGUGUAAAUGUUCAGUCGUUGUCUUUACCUAGUAAGGCCCUAAUAACGGUGAUUAGCUCUAUCUUUGGGGGAAGGUCUCAGAUGGUACAAGACCACUCUCAAUUGUAUGAGUCAACGUAAGAUUGGUUAUUCUGUUUUUCAGUGGCUAUCUUUAUGUAGUUAUUUUUAACGAUGUAUUAAUUAUGAUCUUAAAACAUUUUACUUUUAUCAUAAUACCAAUUUUAGAACUAGUUUACUUACGAAACUUACCAAAGUCACGCAAACUAAAAGUCAUAGGCGGUAUUUUUGUUUUCGUCUUUGAGACAGAGUCUCACUGUGUUGUCCUAAGUAGAGUGCUAUGGCGUCAAUGCUCAAAGCAACCUCAGUCUCGUGAGCUCAAACCAUCCUUUAGCCUCAGCCUCCCAAGUAGCUGGGACUACAGGUAUCUGCCACAAGGCUCCACUAGUUUUCUAUUUUUAGUAGAGAAUGGGGUCUUGCCCUUGCUUAGGCUGAUCUCGAACUCCUGAGCUCAAGCAAUGUACCUGCCACCUCAGCCUCCCAGAGAGCUAGGAUUACAGGCAUGAGGUACUGCCCCAGCCUUGAGUUUUUUUCCUGUUUGUGAUAAAAUAUUUGAAGGGGGGAAGGUUGGGAGAAGGGGCAGAAAGGAGUUGAGAGGGAGAGGGAGUGAUGUGGGCACAGAGGGAGGCAGGAGCGGAUUUAUUAUUACCUAAUGGGUAUAAUGUAGGGGUGGAUGGCACAUCUUCUGGGUGAAGGCUCAACUACAACUUGGACUUUAUCUAAAAUAUCCAAACAAUGUAAUGUAAUCAUUUGUGCCCCUAUAGUGAUCUGAAAUUGUGAUUCCCUAACUCCAUCCAUUUUGAGCAAGUGAACCAGACUUACUCCAUUUGUUAAGAGCUUGCAGCCCUCCCCCCCGCCCACCGCCUUUGUAACCAGAAUAGCCCCUUGAGCAAGCAGCGACCCUACAAAAA